AUGUCUUCCCCCAACCCUGAGGGUACCCCACAAGAGCCUGAGACUGAGCCCUCCAGGUCCAAGGAGAAAAAGAAGAAAAGCAAGUGUCAGCAGCAUGAGGCCAGCAUCCAAGUCCUCACCAGGGCUGGCCACAGGGCCCUACUGGCUCGCCAGAACCAUGAGGCCUUGACCAGCUUCCAGAGGGCCUUCCUCCUGGCCUCCAAGGCCUCACGGGAGCGGGACACUCCUCUUCUCCGGGCCUGUGCCUUCAACCUGGGGGCUGCCUACGUGGAGACGGGGGACCCAGCCAGAGGCCUUGAGCUGCUCCUAAGGGCCCAACCUGAAGAGAAGGCACAGGGCAGGUGUCAUGGUGACCAGUGUUUCAAUGUGGCUUUGGCCUACCAAGCCCUGGGCAACCUGCCUCAAGCGUUGGCCUGGUACCACAGGGCCCUGGGCCACUAUCAGCCACUGGGUGACCAGGGGCAGGUCCAGGCAAAAAUGGGAGCCUGCUACCAGGCUCUGGGACAGCCUGAGCCAGCAGCCCAGUGCUUGCAGGAAGCAAGCCAGGCCUAUGCCCGAGCAGGGCAGCCCCGGGCAGCAGCCCUGGCGUUGGGGGCUGCGGCGGGGUGUAUGCUGAAGAGCGGGCAGCACGGCGUGGGUGAAGUGGUGCAGGUGCUGGAGGAGAGCUGGCGGCUGGCGGAGAUGAGCACUGAGCGGCGACUGCUUGGGCAGCUCUAUAAUGACCUGGGCCUGGGCUACUCCCAGCUCCAGCUGUUCCCACUAGCACUAGAGGCCUUCCUGCAGGCCUUGCCCUUGUGCCGGGGGCCAGGAGAGGAGGCCACGGUGCUGAGAAACCUUGGGAUGGCCCACAAUGCCCUUGGCAACUACCAGGAAGCCCGGGGGUUUCACCAGAAAGCUGCUGACCUGCAUGGUUCUGUGGGGCAGCGGUGGGAGCAAGGCCGGAGCUUUGGCAGCCUGGCAUUUGCACUGAGCCAGCUGGGGGACCACAAGGCCGCCAGAGACAACUACCUCCAUGCUCUGCAGGCUGCCCAGGACACUGGGGACGUGAAGGGGCAGUGGCAGGCCUGCGAGGGUCUGGGGGCUGCUGCAGCCAGACUGGGGCAGCAUGACCAGGCCUUGAAGUACUAUAAGGAGGCGCUGGCCCAGUGUCAGAAGGAGCCAGAUUCUGUGCGAGAACGGCUGGUGGCCAAGCUGGCGGACGCCAUGAGGACCCACUUGGCUCAGGGUGGGCUGGACCCAACCCACACCCCGAUCUCAGCUCCAGGGAAGCCUCAGCCUCCAGGUGGGGCCGGCCUGGCAGGGACUCCCGCCAGACUGGGAAGAAGCCCCGCAGAAGCAAAGCACAGGUGAACCUUUGGGUGGUGGAAAGACAAAGAGUUGGAGGAGGGCCACGAGGAGAAAGAGGAAGAAGGCUUCAUGAAAGUUCCCUGCGACUGGGCCUAA